GAAUCAGCUGAUCUCGGUGACCGCGGGUUUGCUGGGCUCCUGCCGGACGCAGAGCGCGGUGCUGCUUGUAGAGCGUCAGGUCUUGGCAUGCCUUUUGCAAAGAGAAUGAUUUGGUGAUGGAGUUGUCCCACUGACUGAUGGACUCAAAGAAGAGAAGCUCAACAGAGGCAGAAGGAUCCAAAGAAAGAGGCCUGGUCCAUGUCUGGCAGGCAGGAUCCUGUUCUGUAACCCCAGAGAGAUUGCCAGGCUGGGGAGGAAAGACGGUUCUUCAAGCAGCCCUUGGAAUGAAACAUGGAGUUCUUCUGACUGAAGAUGGUGAGGUCUACAGCUUUGGGUCUCUUCCCUGGAGACGUGAACCAUCAGAGAUUUGUCCAAGUAGCCCCAUUCUAGAAAAUGCCCUGGUUGGGCAAUAUAUUGUUACUGUGGCAACAGGGAGUUUCCACAGUGGAGCAGUGACAGAAAAUGGCACAGUGUACAUGUGGGGGCAGAAUUCUGCUGGCCAAUGUGCAGUGGCUAACCAGCAGUACGUGGCAGAGCCGAAUGCUGUCAGCAUUUCUGAUUCAGAGACCAGUCCUUUGUUGGCAGUCAGGAUUUUGCAGUUAGCAUGUGGUGAGGAGCACACUCUGGCAUUGUCAAUAAGCAGAGAGAUUUGGGCAUGGGGUACCGGUUGUCAGUUGGGUCUCAUUACCACCACUUUCCCAGUAACAAAGCCACAAAAAGUAGAACACCUUGCUGGACGAGUCGUGCUGCAAGUGGCCAGUGGUGCAUUCCACAGCUUAGCACUUGUACAAUGCCUCCCUUCCCAGGAUUUGAAGCCAGUCCCAGAAAGAUGCAACCAGUGCAGCCAGCUCUUAAUUACUAUGACUGACAAAGAGGACCAUGUGAUUAUAUCAGAUAGUCAUUGUUGCCCUUUAGGUGUGACACUGUCAGAAUCCCAGGCAGAAAAUCCCACCAGCAGUGCCAUCACAACCUCUGCUCCUGAAACCCUCGGCAGUCAGGGAGAAGCGUUUGAGAACACACAAGGAGCAAGUGAUCUGCCUGUUGCUACCGAACUGAAUGAUGGAAAUGUUCAGACCACAAGUGACGAUGCCAUUUCCUCCCAACAAGACAUCAUGGCAACAACUGAAAUUGCUUCUGCCAGAAACAUACCAUCCUACCCUGACACCCAGGCAGUAAAUGAGUAUUUGCGGAAACUAUCAGAUCAUUCAGUAACAGAGGACGCUGAGAAUGGUGUAAAACCACUGCCAUGUCAGCCUCUUGUAGGAGAAGCAAUUCCUAAUCUUCACAGCCCGCCAACCACCAGCACCUCAGCCCUGAACAGCUUAGUGGUCUCUUGUGCAUCUGCUGUUGGUGUGAGAGUGGCUGCUACUUAUGAAGCUGGGGCCUUGUCUCUUAAGAAAGUUAUGAACUUUUAUAGUACAGCCCCUUGUGAAACUGGAGCUCAGGCAGGCAGUAGUUCCACAGGCCCAGAAGGUGUGAAAGAUAGCCGAGAAGAACAGGUUAAACAGGAAUCAAUGCAAGGAAAGAAAAGUUCAAGUCUUGUGGAUAUCAGAGAAGAAGAGUCAGAGGGAGGCAGCCGAAGACUCUCUCUCCCUGGAUUGUUGUCACAAGUAUCCCCCAGACUCUUAAGAAAGGCUGCACGGGUAAAGACACGGACAGUGGUUCUGACGCCCACAUACAGUGGAGAGGCGGAUGCUCUGCUUCCUUCUCUGAGAACUGAAGUGUGGACCUGGGGCAAAGGGAAGGAAGGGCAGCUGGGGCAUGGUGACGUUCUGCCUAGGCUUCAACCAUUGUGUGUAAAAUUUCUGGAUGGUAAAGAAGUAAUCUGUCUGGAGGCAGGUGGCUACCAUUCUCUUGCACUUACAGCAAAAUCCCAGGUUUACUCAUGGGGUAGCAAUACAUUUGGUCAGCUUGGACAUUCCGAUUUUCCAACAACAGUUCCUCGUCUUGCAAAGAUAAAUGGUGAAAAUGGAGUCUGGAGUGUAGCUGCAGGCCAGGAUUAUUCCCUGUUUUUGGUGGAUACAGAAGAUUUCCAACCUGGAUUAUAUUACAGUGGUCGGCAGGACCCUGCAGAAGGUGAUAGCCUUCCAGAGAAUCACAGUGGUACUAAGACUCCAGUGCUUCUCUCCUGUAGUAAGCUUGGGUACGUAAGCAAAGUGACAGCAGGAAAAGAUAACUUUCUAACUUUGGUGGACCGAAACAUUAUGGGGUAUAUUGCUAGUCUCCAUGAGUUGGCUACUACAGAAAGACGGUUCUAUUCAAAACUGAGUGACAUCAAAUCUCAGAUUCUCAGGCCUCUUCUCAGUUUAGAAAAUUUGGGCACUGCAGCUACAGUCCAGCUGUUGCAGGAGGUGGCAAGUCGGUUCAGCAAGCUCUGCUACCUAAUUGGUCAGCAUGGAACCUCACUGAGCAGCUUCCUUCAUGGGAUAAAGGAAGCCAGGAGUUUGGUCAUUCUGAAGCAUGCAAGUCUCUUCUUGGAUAGUUAUACAGAGUAUUGCACAUCUAUUACAAAUUUCCUGGUUAUGGGAGGAUUCCAGCUUCUUGCUAAGCCUGCCAUUGAUUUCCUAAAUAAAAAUCAGGAGCUGUUACAAGGUUUAUCAGAAGUGAAUGAUGAAAAUACUCAGUUGAUGGAAAUACUGAAUACUUUGUUUUUCUUGCCAAUCAGAAGACUUCAUAAUUAUGCAAAAGUUUUGCUAAAGCUUGCUACUUGUUUUGAAGUGACUUCUCCAGAAUACCAGAAGCUGCAGGAUUCCAGUUCUUGUUAUGAGUCUCUUGCUCUCCAUCUCGGCAGGAAAAGGAAGGAGGCGGAAUACACGCUGGGCUUCUGGAAGACCUUUCCUGGAAAAAUGACGGAUUCCUUAAGGAAGCCAGAGCGUCGACUGCUGUGUGAGAGCAGUAACCGAGCCUUAUCUCUGCAGCAUGCUGGGAGAUUUUCUGUGAAUUGGUUCAUUCUCUUUAAUGAUGCUUUGGUCCAUGCCCAGUUCUCUACUCACCAUGUUUUCCCUUUGGCCACAUUAUGGGUGGAGCCACUUUCUGAAGAAGCUGGUGGUGUGAAUGGCUUAAAGAUAACUACACCUGAGGAGCAGUUCACUCUUCUUGCAUCAACACCCCAGGAAAAGACUAAGUGGCUACGGGCCAUAAGCCAAGCUGUGGAUCAGGCUUUGAGGGGAAUAUCUGAUCUUCCACCUUACGGAAGUGGCAGCAGCAUUCAGAGGCAGGAACCACCCAUUUCACGCAGUGCCAAAUAUACUUUCUACAAGGAUCCUCGCCUAAAGGAUGCAACCUAUAAUGGACGCUGGCUUUCAGGGAAGCCCCAUGGCAGAGGGAUUUUGAAGUGGCCUGAUGGGAAGAUGUAUUCCGGCAUGUUCAGGAAUGGAUUAGAAGAUGGGUAUGGAGAAUACAGAAUCCCCAACAAGGCAUUGAACAAAGAAGACCAUUAUGUCGGCCACUGGAAAGAAGGAAAAAUGUGUGGUCAAGGAAUCUAUAGUUAUGCCUCUGGUGAAGUGUUUGAAGGCUGUUUUCAAGAUAACAUGCGUCAUGGUCAUGGGCUCCUACGAAGUGGAAAGUUGACUUCCUCUUCUCCCAGUAUGUUCAUUGGCCAGUGGGUAAUGGAUAAGAAAGCAGGAUAUGGUGUCUUUGAUGAUAUCACUAGGGGUGAAAAGUAUAUGGGAAUGUGGCAAGAUGAUGUAUGUCAAGGGAACGGCGUGGUAGUUACUCAGUUUGGAUUAUACUAUGAAGGCAGCUUUAACCUUAAUAAAAUGAUGGGAAAUGGGCUUUUACUUUCUGAAGAUGAUACUAUCUAUGAGGGAGAAUUUUCAGAUGACUGGACUCUUAGUGGAAAGGGAACACUGACUAUGCCAAAUGGAGAUUACAUUGAAGGUUUUUUUAAUGGAGAAUGGGGAUCUGGGAUAAAAAUCACUGGAACCUACUUCAAGCCUAGCCUGUAUGAGAAUGACAAAGACAGACCCAAAGUUUUCAGGAAACUAGGAAACCUGGCAGUGCCAGCUGAUGAAAAGUGGAAAGCUGUGUUUGAUGAAUGUUGGCGCCAGCUGGGCUGUGAGAGCCCAGGCCAAGGGGAAGUUUGGAAAGCAUGGGACAAUAUUGCUGUGGCCCUGACCACUAAUCGACGCCAACACAGAGACAGCCCAGAGAUACUAAGUCGUUCACAGACUCAGACACUAGAGAGUUUGGAAUUCAUUCCUCACCAUAUUGGUGCCUUCUCUGUGGAGAAAUAUGAAGACAUCAAGAGAUAUUUAAUAAAGGCUUGUGACACUCCCCUGCACCCCCUGGGUGGGCUUGUGGAGACACUGGUUGCGGUGUACAGAAUGACAUAUGUGGGUGUGGGAGCCAACCGCCGCGUAUUACAGGAGGCAGUGAAGGAGAUUAAGUCCUAUCUUAAGCGCAUUUUCCAACUGGUGAGGUUCUUAUUUCCUGAGCUUCCGGAAGAGGGCAGCACAAUUCCUCUGUCUGCUCCUUUGCCAACUGAAAGGAAAUCGUUCUGCACUGGGAAGCCAGACUCCAGAUCAGAAUCACCAGAGCCAGGUUACGUGGUAACUAGUUCUGGAUUACUGCUUCCUGUCCUACUACCUCGGCUCUACCCACCACUAUUCAUGCUUUAUGCCUUGGAUAAUGAUCGUGAGGAAGACAUUUACUGGGAAUGUGUUCUGCGACUCAAUAAACAGCCAGAUAUUGCUCUUCUGGGCUUUCUUGGGGUGCAGAGGAAGUUUUGGCCAGUGACACUGUCAAUCCUUGGAGAGAGUAAAAAGGUUUUGCCAACCACAAAAGAUGCUUGUUUUGCUUCAGCAGUAGAAUGUCUACAGCAGAUCAGCACGACAUUUACCCCAUCUGACAAACUGAAGGUCAUCCAGCAGACUUUUGAAGAGAUCUCCCAGAGUGUCCUAGCAACACUGCAGGAAGACUUCUUGUGGUCUAUGGAUGACUUGUUUCCGGUGUUCCUGUACGUGGUGCUACGGGCAAGAAUUAGGAAUUUAGGCUCUGAAGUGCACCUCAUUGAAGAUCUAAUGGACCCAUAUCUUCAGCAUGGGGAACAGGGUAUAAUGUUUACUACAUUGAAGGCAUGUUACUACCAGAUCCAGCGUGAGAAGCUUAACUAGGCUGCAUAACAGCUUGAAAACUGGAUUAUCUACUACAGAGUGUUAUAGAACCAUCUGGAGUCUUCCUGUAGUGACAAAAGGAACAGCACUGAAAUUAGGAAAGACAUUGUGUUCUUUUGGUUCUUACUUCUGAGCCUUACUAAUGAUCAGAGCCCUGAGCCCAGAAAAAAAAAAAAAAAUGUGCAUAGUUUGAGGGGAGGAUUGAAAAGAAGGUAGAAAUCAGAUUAGAACAGGUCUUGGCCUAUGUUAAUUUCCAAAAAUAACAUCCAUCUACUGUUAGAAAAAAACGGAAGAUACUUCUAAGGUUAUAGAUAUGUCAACUACACAGAGUUUGUAAGAAAAAGUUUCAGAAUAACUUCUUUCAUUAAAGAAGUUGAUGAACUUUUUGAGUUUCUGAUUUGCCUGAAUCCAUCUGCAGUUACCCCAGAUCCCUUUGCAAGGGGCAGAUUGUACUUGAAACUGCAGUUGCCACACUAUGCCUUCUGAAAUUCCUUGCAAUCAUGUGCAUCAUGCUACUUUGCCGAAGGAGGGGGAAGAAGAACUUUAAACUGCAGUUUUAACUUUUUCUAGGCUUUCCCACCAGAGUAUUCAUGGUGGGAAAGGUUCUAUGCUGUGACUACCACAUCCUGACCCCCAAACAUGGAAUGCCUCCAAAUAGGAGUCUUCUGCCUCUUGAUUAGAAAGAACAUAGGAAUGAUGUUGUUCUUGGUUGCUUUACUGUGUGUUACAAGGAGCAAGUACACUGGAAUUCAAAAGCUGCUGUAAAACCUCACUUGUCUGUGUGCAAGUGCUGCAUUCUGAGGCCUGCAAAUAAGACUUUGAAGAGCUGCUGCUCGCGGGCUGUGCUUUGGGGCAGGACUAAAGAGGAGGAUCUGCAGAAGCCAAGGACUCCAGCCCUCCCAUGUUGUGCUUCUUCCCUGUACCUCACACUGAACUCACAGAGGGGAAGGAAAAAUGGAACAGGCCUUGGCUUUUCCCAUCUCAAAAGUAUUGUGACACCUCAAAAUUUCAGUGUUUUGCUUUUUGCUUUUUAAACAAAUGUCCCAUUGUGGUUUCAAGUUGUUGGUUUACACUGUGCAGGUAACACUAGUAGCUGUUUUGAAUAACAUAGGUGCUCUUCCUCAUCUCAUCUCCUGCACACCAUGGGGGCAUACGGAGUGUCUCCUGACCUAAUGUUUAGUGACUCAGCUCAUGUUAAUCACUUUUGAAAAAGGAUCAUGGUUUCUGCUCUACUUUAUAAUCAAGACAAGUGUUUAUUAAAAUACGGUUUUGGAAUGUAAGCUGUAAUGUAGCAGCAAUUUUCAUAAUAAAAUAAGUUCAUCUUUCUGAGGUGGUUUUAUGAUUACAGGAGGAAUGGCACACAGAGUGGCCUCAAAAAUUAAAGGAAACCCAGGCUUAGUGUGUGUUCCGCCCACAUUCUGAUCUGUGUCCCUUUGUGUUAGCCACAGUGAUCCCUCUGGGGUUUCAGGGAUUGCACUCUUUAAAAUAAAUGUAAACUAAUAAUUAUAGCACUUUGCUGACAAAGAACAAAUUAACUUUCACAUCCUAAUAACCCUAGGACAAGUGUCUUGAAAGAAAUCUAUUAUUUCUUUGAAUAUAAAGCUUAUUUUGAUAGUUA